AUGUCUGCCAAUGACCAAGUAAAUGUCCUCUUUAUCUGCCUUGGCAAUAUCUGCCGCUCCCCCAUGGCUGAAGGAGUCUUCCGUAACCUCGCCGCCACCCAUCCCUUGAUCAACAACAUUGACUCCGCCGGAACUGCCGCCUACCAUUCCCUCGAACCGCCCGACUCUCGUACCAUGGCCACGCUCCGCCGACAUGGGAUCCGAGACUACAAACAUGCCGCCCGCAAAGUCACCCAGGAGGACUUCCUCCACUUCGACUACCUGCUCGCCAUGGACAGGCAUAAUCUCGAGGAUCUCCUAGAACUGCGCGCCUCCCUGGCUGCGUCUGGCACACCCGCGGCGAAGGUGGCAGAGGUCCGGCUGUUUGGCGAUUUUGGACCCGGAGGCGCUCUACAUUCUCGCGUGGGUGGUGGGGAGGUGGUUCAGGAUCCGUACUAUGGGGGUGCCAAUGGAUUCGAAGAGGUUUACCAGCAAGCCGUCCGAUUCUCCGAGAGCUUUUUGGAAUAUUUGGAGAAGAAGCAAAAGAACUAG